UUUGGACGGCCAAACUGCAGUCCUAUAACUCCUAAGCCACGCAACCAUAUUGGCCAGGACAAAUCAGAUGAAACGGUGCGUUUGGAGCAUUUCAUUCUACACGCUUUCUAGCUAGGCCUCGGAAAACACUGCCCCAUCGGCGAUCGGAGACUGAACUGGUGAAGCCUAUUCAAUUUCAGAAAUAAGCAAGAUGAUAAAAGCAGUGCUGGUGAUGAACACGCAGGGGAAGCCUCGUCUCUCCAAAUUCUACGAAUUUCAGCCCGUGGAGAAGCAGCAGGAAGCUAUUCGCAAUGUGUUUUCAGUCUUAUGCAGUAGGCCUGAACAUGUCAGCAAUUUUGUGGAUGCUGAGUCCUUUUUUGGCCCGGACUCUCGCCUUGUCUACAAGCAUUUCGCAACAUUAUAUUUUGUGUUCAUAUUUGAUAGUUCUGAAAACGAGCUUGCUAUUCUUGACUUGAUCCAAGUCUUUGUUGAAACAUUGGACAAAUGCUUCAGAAAUGUAUGUGAGCUUGAUAUCGUAUUCAACUAUAGUAAGAUGCAUACUAUACUAGAUGAGAUCAUUCUCGGAGGCCAGGUGUUGGAGACAAGUUCAACUGAGGUUAUGAAGGCUAUUGAAGAAAUAUCAAAACUUGAAGCAGCAUCCAAUGCAAUCAAUCUUGUUCCAAAAUCUGUUUCUAGUUGGAGGUCACGGUAAUAUAAUUGCAAUUAAGCUGCCGGAAGGAUCUGCGUUCACACAUACAAGGGAUCAAAAAGGUGAAGUAUCUAUGCAUAGGGGAGUCCGUAGGAUGUAUUGUCGUCCAAAACCCUAAUGUGAGUGCUCCCAUUUGAAAUGACUGACAUCCUGAUAUAAUAACGGGUUGGUUAGGCAAUUGGUGAGUUUGCAUUAGUGAUUCCCUACCCUUAUUGAUCAAAGAAACCGUGUACUGUACUGUACUGACCACUCAAUUGUUCCCAGAUGAUUCCAAUUUCACUUAAUCUGUUUGAUUCAAUUGA